UCUCACCAGCUCUCGCCCCCUCACUCCUCCUCAGUAUUAAUAGACUGGAUUUCGCCUGGAGAGGAGGACAUGCGCGUUGGAGGAGCAGAGGAGGCGCAGCUCCGKUUGUCUGGUCUCCAUCAUCUCAAUCAUGGUGCCAAACUCUCCUUUCCUCAUCGCUUGUUCUGGUGGGGGAAAGUGAAGGAUUUCUCCCCACUUAAAGACUCUGUUCAGUUAUUUAGGACUUUCCCUCUGGUUUUCUGGAGCUUUUCUGAGCUAAUAAAAAGACUAUUAGGCAUUUCUACUAACUGAUCACCCCGCCGCCACCCUGAAGUUCAUUGUUGUUAUCUUGGCCGCCGGGAUGGUGGCCUUCAUCGGAGCUGUUAUCUGCAUCAUCGCGGCGGUCCACACCGGCUCCUCCAGGGGAGCCGCGGCGGCUCAGCGGCAGCCCGCAGCCGACAACCACUCGCUGUACCCGGAMGCGGCGGCGCAGACUCCCGCCUCUGCCGCCUCCGGGGGCUCCGUGGCCCGAGCCGGAGCGCUGGGAGCUCUCCACGGUUCUGAAACGCCCGGGUCUGAGGCGCCUACCUUCCACGUGGGACUGGACGGGGUGACGGGACUGGCGGGGCACGACCCCACGGUCAGCCGGCUCAUCUGCACCCCGAUCCCCGCCGGGGAGUGCAACACCAGAAACUUUCAGCAACAAGCCGAGGACCCGUCGCUGUACGCCGGGGAGGACUGGGGCUACCUCCGCACCGCCGCCGAGGAGCUGCGGCAGACCGUCCUGCAGCAGAAGGACCAGAUCUCGAGCGACCGGCGGACCAUCAGGGAGCUGGCGGGGAAACUGUCCGAGUGCGAGAAGGGGCUCGGGGGGAGAGGAAGGGGAAGAGGCGGGAGCAGCAGCGCGGAGAGACGCGGACAGCCUGCGGGGCUGAGAGGAGCCUCGGAGGAGACGCGCCUGGAGCGGAUGAUGGUGCGGGACAGCUCGGCUUCARAGCCCGACGGUGGCCAUCUGCUGACGGUGGGAGCUGUGGAUGAAUUGGAGCAGGCAAUCAGUCAGCUCCAAGACCGCAUAGAAAAACUGGAGACAGACAUCGGCCCAUUUCCUCACAACCGCACCGACAGCAGCACCUCAGAUGUGGCAGAGGGAGGCGGCCCAGACAGGUCAGCUGAUCCUGGGUCCAGCGCCACUGCCACUGCUUCUGACAGGCCCUGGAGGAUGGAGGAUGUUGAGGGCGAGCUGGAGAGGAAGGUGGAGCUGCUGGAGAAAGAGAGAAAAGCCCUGAGGCUGGAAGCAGAGAAACACAGGCAAGAAAUCAACCGGAGCAUCAGUAAAGUACAACAUCGAAUCUCAGGCCUGGAGGAAGAAGAAAACGUUGGACAUUCCUUCCCAGACGGUUACAGACUGUCCUUCCCGACACGGACGAACUACAUGUUCGCUCUGGUGAAACACCCCAUCCCCAAGCUGCGAGCCUUCACCAUCUGCCUGUGGCUGCGGCCCGCGGGGGCAGGGAUGGGGACCCCCCUGUCCUAUGCUGUUCCCGAACAGCCGAACGAAGUGGUGCUGCUGCAGGGUCUCCACACUCCCACUGAGCUGCUCAUCAACGACAAGGUGGCCCAGUUGCCUCUGAACCUUUCUCAAGGCAGCUGGCAGCACAUUUGUGUGAGUUGGACCCAAAAGGAGGGAGUGUGGAAGGCCUACCAGGGGGGGAAGCUGAGAGGUGAGGGUAACGGCCUGGCUGCUGGACACCACAUCAGACCUGGAGGGAUGCUCAUACUAGGGCAAGAGCAGGAUUCUCUGGGUGGAGGUUUUGACUCAACCCARGCUUUGGUCGGAGAACUGUCUCAGGUGGGCCUUUGGGAUCGGAUCCUGUCAUCUGCCCAGGUUGCCAGCUUGGCUCGAUGCAACUCAGUAACCGAGGGCAUUGUGGUACCCUGGACUGAGAACGGGAUCGGAGCUUAUGGUGGAGCAACCAAAGACCCGGGRGAGCCCUGCAGUAAACAUAAGCGCCCCCAAUGACUCGUUAAUAAGAKAUUUUUACAGAAAAUAUCAUCUGGCCAUAUUAAUGCUGAUUGAGAAAGUUGUAAACACACAAAAACUUCGUGAGGAAAGGGGGGUAACAAUGAAAAAUAGAAAUGAUGGCACAUAAUAACAUGAUGUGAGCAGAGGCCGUGCAAUAACUUAAUAUUUUUAAUAAACUUGCCAACACUUUUAUGGAGAUCCACAGGAGAAUUGCAACACAAGAUGCAAUCUAUUCAAAAGCAGAGUUGGAAUGUUGCAUAAUAUCAAGUUUACAGUUAAAUAASCUUAUAAUGAAGUGUUUUCCAAUUCAGCCCACAUUGAAUAUUAAUAUUAUUGGUAGUUUCUUCUGCUCUCCAAAUCUUCUUUCCAACGUACUAAAGAAAUUGUCCACUGUAAAAAAUUGAGACUACAAACCAAAUGUUUAAAAGGCUUAUUAGAUAUUAAAUUGAGUUUUGUGGAGCUGAGAAGAUUUUAGGCAAAYUAAGUCAUGGGAAUUUGAAUGUACGGUCUUUUAAAACCACCUCCACAGCAAACACAUUUAUUUCCAUCAGUUGAGCACCAGUUUUUGUUUGGUAUUGGGUUGAGUUCAGUACAGCAAGCCAAAUAAAUCACAGUCUUAAGAUUAUUAGCUGGAAUGUUUAUAGUGCUCAAAGGAAAAUUACAAUUUCDGAAAUGCUGCAAACUGCUGAGGUUAGCGAUCUAAUGUCGCAUAUUUUGUGAGCACAAGCUACUGUGUGCAUAUUCUCUUAAAACAGCCAGGUCACUUUAAACUCAACCAUUUCCUCUCAAGGAGGUGGGAGUCAUUUAAAAAAGAGCAUGAAGUUUACACAAGACGGUCGUAAUUCCUCCAUGCGUGCAGCGAGGUCGAAGGAGAAUCAGUCAAAAAGCUGUGACGGCUUUAGAGUUGUGAGUCAAGGUAAGGUGAUGAAAAUGUUGGAGAAAGUGGUGGGAAUGUUAAGCAGUAGAUGGCAGCCAGGAGAAGAUGAUGAAAGUGAAAGGAAAGAGGGAGGAAACAACACUUGUUAUGAAUGAUGCUACAUUGUUUUCACCUCUGCAUGAUGUAACUGUGUGUUUUUAAUGUUAUGUCAACUKCAAUGUGGCACAAAACAGGACUGUGCAUCUUGCAUUAUUUUUGCAGGGUGACUGUUUUUGCACGUGUUUCUUAAAAUCACUUAUUCAAUUAAAUAAUAAUUACUUUUCAAUUGAUGGGCUUUUGUUCCCAAAUACAAGUUCAACAAAUGUGUAAUAAAAUAAUGCCUGAUCCUAAAGUUUGUUUUCAAAUCAAUUCAAUGAGAGCUGAUAAAAUCUUUAAACAAGACAUAUUACAGUGAAUUGCUCAGAAUAAAUUAUGUUGGUUUUAUUUAUUUCUAAUCACCUAAAUCCAGCCAUUUAUAAUGUGGUGUGGUAAAUUACCAACUCGCCACACCAUACAGAGGUCAUCUGGAUCUGGCUGUGUGUCAUUCAUUUCUUUAUCAAAAUAAAAUUAAWAUAAUUCAAACUCAUUCAUGUUCAAUCAAUCAACAGUUUUUGAUUGGAAAUGACAGCAAUAAAUAUCUCGAGGCCACGCAUUWACUCUCUCUCAGUCACCAGUUAUUAUCUCAUGGACACGCAUCAUUAUUAUUAAUCCAAUGUAACMGGGCAGGCUCCGUAAAUCCAUGCAUAAAUUAAACUAGGUUAAAACAUGCCAAGUCAUCAUAGCAAGUGAACUCGCACAAAAGAUUUGGUGAUUGUUUUUCACCAGAUACAGUACCCUUUGUGACACAACCUGGGCUCAAACCUGCAGCCUCAGGAUUACAAGAUUAUGGCAAUGGCCACUGARCUACUGUGGCCUCUAAGCUAGGUCUAUUAAAGUAGACCUCUUACUUAACUGUUGUAGAAAACUUUCUGCAAAAGACAAAUAUGUAAUAAUAAAGUUAUAUUGGUUGCAUAAUUGUCCUUGGUGRAAAGUGCCUGCCAGAUUGUUUGUACCAUCUUGCAGGUUUUUGUCCCCAUGGACAAUUCUCACCAGAGGCUCUUUUGAGCUAAUUAAGCAUCUUUGAAUUCCCCAAUGACUUCUUUAAGUUUCAAGCAGUUUAAUGAAACAUCAGAACAUUCCAGCAUWUUACUUGAACCUUCUGCUCUGUGCCAUCAAACUCAUGUUAAAUCAAGCCAUUUGGUUGUGCCUAUCGUGUCUUUGAUUAUGCCGUCUGCAGUGUUGAUAUUGAAUGCCGUGCUUGGUGUCUGUUCAGUUCAUGCCAGAAGUCUUUUGGAGCUUUCUGAAAGUAACACUAUUGAUGAUUGAAAUUAAAAAACCAAGGUUUCCUCUCAUUAUAUGCUUUAUUAUCCUGUCUAUGUUCUCGUUGUUAAUUGCAUAAAGACUGUUUGUCYAUGUCUUGUAUGGUAUUGUACUGUUCUGAUUAUGUGCUGUGUAAAAUCCCUAAAUCUUUAUUAAAAGUUGAAUUUUUAGAA